GUUGCUUUCAAAUUCUUAUGCACGCAGAAAUCAUAUUCCGUGUAUACAAGACGCGCUAUACACUUACGUAUCGUGGUAAUUAUUGGCCCACGCGACACUGUGCGGUCUGACCAACGUACCACUGCUGCUGUCAGACUCUCGCCGAGAAUUUUUAGGCUAGAAAAAAACGCGCUCAAGAGUCGCGCAACACAUCGUCGUGCUUCGAACACGUUUUUUGUUUCAAUUUUUCAUUCGAGCAUAAUUUGGAAGUGAAUUAUUUUGUGUACAAUGCGUGAACCUUUUCGAUCGAAUGGCAGUUAUCAAUGAGAGAAUUUUUUCUGUUUCGAGGAAAAACUCUAAAGUUUCUUGUCUGCUCGUGUUACAGUGCUACGAGUGUAUGUUUGAGUGACAAAUAUAUGUGCAGCACAGUAUUUCUCGCUGGUGUGAGAUAGCUUGCUGCGAGUCAAUUCAAGAGGCAUGAUAUCGCCAUCAAAAUUAGCCUACCAACAGCUAAACAAAACUCCAGACAACAUAAUCUCGCGAAAAAGGCCUCAUUCAGGUGCAAAGGCUAAACGAGCAAAUUUGGAAAGCCUUGAAUCAUCGACACCGAACUCAAUUAAAAUCCACCAGGGACCGAACCCGUUAAGAGGUACGAUCUUUUAUUUCGAUCUAAGGCAUCAUGUUUUUCAACAAUCUUUGGAGGAAAAAGUUAAAGCACUCGGUGGGGCUAUUGAAUGUUUUUACGUGGAUAAAGUGUCUGUAGUGGUCACUGACAAAGAAGCAAAAACUGGCCCCGACAUAAAAGCAUCCGGCUAUUGCAGUGGUGGAAGUGGUGGAGUUCAAUCUUGGAAAAGUAUAGGUAGUGCUACUCCAAAAACUCCUUAUCGCAGUAUCGAAGGACCUUUAUCAAACUCUUAUAGUCAGAAGGGCUUCACCACCCCAAAAUCUCGCUCCAGAGCGGAUGCCAUGUUGGAGCGGGCACUGACACAACCACAACAGUGUUCUAUUGAUCCUCUAGCUAAAGCAUAUACCUUGGGUAUACCAAUUUAUGCUCCCAAAGCUUUUCAAAAGUGGCUGAAUAAAGUUGAAAAUAAGGUUAAAAGUGCUACAUCUCAACAUAAAAAAACUUGUAAACAACAAGUGUUAAAAGGAUAUUACGUCAAAAUUGAAUCUUAUAAAAGCGCUACAAGGCCUGUCUUUGCUGAAUUGCAAUCUUUCCCACAUUUGUCCUGGGAUAACACAUACUUUGGAGAAAGUCCUCUUUGCCACUCGACAAGAUGUAAUUGUUUAAGCACAAGUAAAAAUUGUAUUUUUCAAGAAAAUAGUUCCAAGCCAAAGUGUGAACCAGCUGACAAGAGCAAAGAAAUGACUCGUCGGCCCCGUGCCACAACUGUACAACAAACGUCUGAAUGUGAAAAUGCAGGGUUUUGCGAAAUUUGUCGCUGUGAUUUCAAAUCUCGAGCAAAACAUCUGAAUAGCGACAAGCACCGUAACUUUGUAACAAAUAUUAAAAACUAUGCAGCUUUAGAUAAAUUAAUUGAUGAUUGUACACAUUUGGACGCCUUUCUUGACAAAUCGAAUGAUGCCACCAGCAAAGACUGCCCAUUCAAUGAAAAUCGAGACAAUAGCACCGCAAAUGGUUUCCUCCCGUCGGAUGAAAAGUCGCAAAAAAGAGAACAUCCUUUAGUUCAUGAUUAUAGUGUUAGUGAUAUAAAAAUGUCACAGUGCAAUGGUGCUCGCAGGAAUUUAAAUUCAACAUUGGACUCUCCUCAUAAUUUGAGAGCAAGAACUAAACAUGAAAGUGGUCAUUUAUUGAGGUCAAAGGGUAAGCCAGAAGGAGAAGAAAAGAAUGAGAAAAGCUAUGAUAAAUAUGUUAUAAAAAAACGUUCUAAAGGAACAAUUUGGGUAGAAAUUGACUCAGAUGAUGAUCUAGCAAAUGAAAAAGUUAGGUCUACUGGUUGUAAAAAAUCAGUACUUCAAGAACCUUGUGAAACUCUGACCUGUAAAAAUUCAACUAAAAGUAACAAUCAAGUUGAAAAAAUUCUUAAUGGAAACAUUGAUUCUGAAGAGGUUCUGGAAUCAAAACAAAAAAAUAGUCCUUCUUGUAAAAACAUUCACAAAGAAAAUGCUCUCAAAGAAACUGUUCUUGAAGUCAAUACCAAAACUAAUUUGAAUGGCUUUGAAAGGAGAGAAUUGAAACAAAAACCCAGCGAAGCUGAUCAUGUUUCAGAAGAUCCUCUUAAAAAAAUUAUCAAAAAAGAAGUCAUUGAUCAUGUUGAAGCUGAUGAAGAAUUUGUCAUUAACGAUAACAAUGAUGUUGAAGAAAAUCCUGCUAACGAAAAUUAUGAAACAAAUUUUGUGAAAAGUGUUGAACAAGAUGGUCGUUCAAAAACAAAAACUUAUUCAAGGAAAGGAGGUAAAACUUUUAGAGGUCGUCAAAGAUUGUCAGUCGAAGAGAGAUUGAUCGAAGACAAUCGUCGAUACUAUAAAGUUGAAGUAUUAGGUAAUAAACUUCGUUCCAGUAUACUGCCUAGCGAAAAUCCAUUAACUGCUGUGCCAUCGGCUGAGCAAACUGAAAAUGAACAGCAGAUGAAAAUCAAAGACGGCGAUAAGCCGUCAAGUGAAAAACCCGUUGUUGUGCGAUUCAAACGCGUACGAAAGUCUGAACUGUCUUUAUUGAGUGAUGAAGCCGAAUCGUUUAUGUUUGGCGAUCCUCGACGCGAUGAAUCAACCAGUGAAAUUAGUGAAGAUGAAAGCAGUAUCUUACCUAAAGAUACGGAUAGUGAACGCGAUCCUCAAAAUGAAUCUAUAGUAUUGAGCUCACCUUCUGCUUCUCAUCCUGUAACACUAAAACAAGAAGUCAUGGAUGAUGAUUCUCAAGACUCGACAACAAGUACUUACAAGACAAGGAAGAAGAGAAGAACCCAAACUGAGGCAUUUCUUAAAGAUAAUACUGAAUACUACAAAUUUGAAACUCCUGGCAGUAGAUUGAGCAAUGCUACUUCCAGAUUUCAAACGUCAUCUGCCAAUGUCAGUCAGCCUGUUGAGACUCCUGUUGAAAAAGUAAAGGAAGCUGUAACAACGGCAACAGAAACUCAAGAAGAGUCAGUCGCCAAAAUUUAUCCGUCCCAGCCCUCGGCAAGGGUUGAAGCUCUCCGUUUUUCAUUCGAAAUGGUGCCCCGUUCUGAGCCAUGGUAUCAAACCUACAAACGUCAAGAUGAAGGUUGUGAGUACUAUUAUAGUGAUAACAGUACGCCUAAACCAUUUCUUCUCCCAUACGAAAUGGAAAACUUCCAUGAAAUACUUAAUAAAAGUUUGCAAAAUAGCAUGCACCGUAAGCGUGGCCGAGGUCGUGGUGGUGUAGUUGGUUCACGUUUGCCGCGAAAAAGUCCACGCUGCCAUGCCUCGACCUUAGCUAUUAUGUCAACAAUAAUUAAAAAGCGAGAACAGACCAAUGAUGAAGAUGGCAAAGCUAAAGCAGCGAUAAACAAUAAUUCUGCGAAAGCUGAUAAAUCCAAGUCUUCAGAAAAAUCUGACGUUGACGCUGAUUUAAAACAAAUUGUGAAAAGUAUCGAUGAUAUGUUGAAUUAUGAUGAUGCUGAUAACGAUCUUCUCGAACAUGAUCUAAUGUCUUUUGAUGUUAAAACGGCUGAACCUAUCGUUUCUUCGGAACCUAAAGGACCUCCUGUAAAUUUGAUAGAAAUAUUUGAAAACUAUCCUGAUACAGUUCCGAACGGCGUGGAUGGUUCGUCUUGUGCUAGUUCAGACUGUGGAGAAUUCGACCAACCCCACAAAAGACGGAAGAAACGUAAAAACAAAACUGGUUGGCCAGGCACGAAUAAAAUGAAGCGCAAGCUUCAACUAAAAAUGUUGAGUGAAGAACUUCAGCGAGAAAACCAGAAGCAACAAAAUAAUCAACAGGAAAUCUCGCAACUUAGACUAUUAUUAUCAAAUGAACAGUCAAAACCUCUAGACGAGGCAAUGGUAAAAAACGAGACGUUAGAAAUACAGGGUUCUGAUUUGUCUCAACGAGAACCAGAAACAGAAAAGACUCAAACGGAGGCUGGAAAUAUGGAACACAAAGAAAACGAAAAAGUCACAACUGAUUCUAGAAGAGGCAAAUCAAAAAGUAGAACAACGAAAUCUAAGAGAAGUAGCUCUAAAAAUUCACGUGAAAAAGUCAGAGAUUCUGCAAAUGAAUCUAAUAUUAAGCCUGUACUAUCAGACAUAUCUUUAGAUAAAAAAAAUGGUGAUCCUUUAGAAUUUGCCACUACAGAUGAUGACGAAAUGGAACUGCAAGUUUCACCUGCAAAACAUAGGCCUGGAGUACUUAUAAAUAUGAGCGAGGACUCUGAAACCUAUGCAUCGAGCAAUGACUGUUCCAGUCCGAAAAAAGGAAGUCGAAAGCGCAACAACACAGCAACGUCAGAUAUUUCUAUUAAAAAAGAUUGUUCGUCUUCCAAAAAAACGAAGACAAAAUCAAGUAGUGAAAUAUAUUCUCCGAAGAAGACUAGAAAUCGUAUUAAAUCGGAAAAAUCGUCGCCUAAAACAAGCCCAAAACGCCCUAAAUGUGGUCUAAAGAGGCAAAGAAAAAACAGUAAAAGAAACGACAGUGUUUCUUCGGAUGUAAACGAUGAAUUUGACGAACAAUCAACUAGGCAAUCUAUAUCGCCUGCUGAGCUCGGUCAAAAAAGGUAUCAGCCGUUCGUUAAAGUAACAAAAAUGAGUCAUGACCAGGUAGCCGUAGCCAGUAAUCGUAGACUAAGAAGCUCUAGCUCGCCAAAAGCAAGUAUGGAACCACCUAGAAAGCGAGCGAAAACCGGAUUACGACGGAAGCUCGCUGGGCAGUGGUCUCGAAGAAGCUGAGAAUCGAAAAAUAACGAUAAUUAAGUUCUUCGUGCUUUGUUAAACGACUGAAAUGACUAUUAAAAUAGUGUGUGUUAUUUGUACAUUUGUACAGAAUAUAAUAUUUGUGUAAUGUGUAGUAAUCGAUUAUCAUAUCGAACAGAAAAACUCUAAACACUCGGAAUUUAAUGAAAUUACAUCCUUAUUAUUCAAUAAAAAAUUAGUAUUGAUAUUAUUUAUAGUUUUUUUGUUCUAUAGCAGCAUUGUUGCUAUUUUUUAUAUUGUACAUGCUUAUCGUAUUUAGUCUUAAAUUUACCUAAUUUGAUUAUUGUAUUAGUUUUUUAAAGUAAAAUUACUAUUAUUUAAUUGAAUGAAUUACGUCAAACCUGCGAAAACAUGUUUAGCAUCUUGUAAAUUAAAAAAACCGUUAAAGUCUUUUGCAAAUUUGAGAAUUGCCAAAGGUUUUAAUUCACUAUUAUGUAUACUUGAACUUGUACUGGAAUAAAUGGUACGAAUUAUUUUUAAUCUUAA